AUGACAGACGCAUCAACCACGCUGACAAGCCUAUGGGUGGGCGAAGGUACAAGCAGUCCGUUGAAGAGUGCACCAUCCACACCCUCCAAAGCAGCAGGCAAAGACGCAGUCCACGCCGAUAUUGCAAACUUCUUUAAAGAAGCUGAAAUCGAGGGAAUAGCUAAAGAGGCCGGGGUUCUUGACACCAAUGGAAGUUUGAGGGCAGUCAAAGAGCAGACGCCCCAGCAUGUACAAAGAGUUUACCCCGUUCUUCAACUUGUGACGUCCCCAAGGCCAAAGCUUGGCGCAACGCAGAUAUUACCUAAGACGAUACAAGUAGUCAAUUCGUCGACGGGAGCACCAAUGACACUGAUCGCCGAGCCCAGGAACAUUCUUCAGUCAAGUCCUAAUGUCAUCACAGCGUCGCUAGUCCAGUCUCAGUCACCGUCAUGGAGCGGGAAGAAAAGAUCACACGACUACGCCAGCACAGAUUACGUAGACAAUAGCGCUAAGAGAAAGAAACGCGAGAAGGAGAGCAAAGGCUUGCGCCACUUCUCCAUGAAGGUCUGCGAGAAGGUUCAGCAGAAAGGAGUCACGUCGUACAAUGAGGUCGCCGAUGAGUUAGUACGAGAGUUUAGUAUGCCGCCACAUCAAGCGCAGUUAUCAUCACAUGAUCAGCUCCAGUAUGACCAAAAGAACAUCCGGAGGCGAGUCUACGACGCCUUGAACGUUCUCAUGGCGAUGAACAUCAUCUCCAAGGAGAAGAAGGAGAUUCGGUGGAUCGGCCUGCCGACAAACUCAGCCCAAGAAUGCGCCAAUUUAGAGGUCCAGAAGAAAGAGAGAGAAGAUCGGAUACGGCAGAAGACCGCUCAACUACAAGAACUUAUUCUGCAACAAAUAGCCUUCAAGAAUCUUGUCCAGAGGAAUAAGAAGUUGGAGGAAUCAGGAGUCGGUCCUCCUACCAGUAACUCUGCCAUCCAUCUGCCUUAUAUCAUAGUCAACACCAGCAAGAAGACUGUCAUAGAUUGCAGUAUCUCCAAUGACAAAUUCGAGUACUUGUUCAAUUUUGACAACACGUUUGAGAUUCAUGACGACAUAGAAGUCCUGAAGCGAAUGGGGAUGGCGUUUGGUCUGGAGAAGGGACAAUGCAGUCCGAGCGAUUUAGAGAAAGCUAGAAUGAUGGUACCUAAAGCGUUAGACCAAUAUGUAUUGGAAAUGGCCGACAAAGAUAGAACCGCAACCUCCAGUACAUCAAUCAGGGCGGGGCCCAGCGGGAUCCACACCCACGCCUCAUCAAGCCACACCCAAGCCACGCCUUUAAGCUCCAAGGCCUACCAUCGUAACCCACAGCUGUCACCGUUAGCCACGCCCCUGUCACAGACGGACGAGGAGGUUGCCAUGGCGGUGGAAGGCAUCGGUUACGCCUCUCAGAGUUCCAGCCUCGGGUCUUUCUCGGAUGCGGGACCGUCGCGCGGUGCCACGGACACGCCCUCGACGCUUAUGGACAGUGGGUCCGAUUCGGAGUCCGAGAUUGACGUAUAGGGAAACAGGGAGUAUUUAUUAUGCAAGAAUCACCCGAUGGCUAAGUUUGUGCUAGAUGUUCACCGCCCUGUUUAUCAAAUGCAUCUCUGUCAAAACAAUAACGAAGCACAGAAUAAGUCUCUGUAAUGCCAAAAACUGCUCUGCCUGUCUUUGUACCAUCUCAAAAAUACCCCGGCAAUGCAUGGUCUUCUGCAGGCCCGGAUUAUCCAAUAGGCACAGUAGGCACUGUGCCUAGGGCCUACGAAAAAUUCAGGGGCCUUUGAAAAAUUGAGGUCUUAUGAACAUACCACAGUUUGCCAUACAACACGCGCACGAACAACACCCAUGUUGACGUUACAUACCUAGUGUGGACAUGGUUUUAUUUUCAUGUAGUUAAGAAAAACCUCUGAAAGAAAACUCAUUUUACUCACACUGUGAAAACUCCAAAGUGAAACUACAAUGAAAAAUAACCAAAACGAUUUAGUUUUCUCGGAAAAAAAUUGUUUUUCAAAUGCUACAUUUUUUUUAGACAAGCUGUUGCACACUGUGGCAUAGGUAGUUUGAGCGCACUACUGAAGUUGAUCAGUCGAAGAGAGUUCGCAUACAUGUAGUUGGUCUUUUCUCGGUACCUAGUCCUACGUGUAGCAGAAAGUUGACUUAUAACCUAAAGUUGACUUUAAAGCAACCAUUCGGAUUGUAUUUAUAUCAUUUGACAGGUCCCUGUUUCGUUUACACGUGGUAGAUGUUUGUUACACAAGAACUCAUUCACAAGUUCCACGCUGGCAAGCAGUAUUUAAUCGUGUACAAAUGGAUUGUUGUUUUUGUUUUUGUAUGUAAUCAUGGUUUGCAGUUCAGAUGUGUUAACUUGAAUACAAUUGGAUCGUUGUGUAAGUUUUGAUUUUACUGAAAUUCUUGAUAUCACUCGCUGGCAAUGCAGUGUAUUUAAAAACAAGGUUGGUGUCGACGUAUUACAUUCAAAUUAGUUAACAAGCCUACCAUAUUGGACUCGGUAUGUCCUCUGUAGUACUGCAACACGUCACGCAUGUCGCACUGCAUGUUGCGGGUGCAGUCAUGAUAGCGUCACCGACACCAAGUACUGACACUCGGUGGUGCAUGAAUGCCCGGCACGCGCAAACUUCACAGAACCGUGUAAUUUUGAUUUUCACGAACUGACACCCAAGUACUACGUGCGCACACUCCGUACAUUUUUGUUUUCACGAACUGAGACUUGUCUUCAUUGCACCAGUUUAAAGGUUUUUAAUAAAAUGUUGGUGUAAACCCACGGAUGGAGCAAAUAUGUGUCAAACAUUUCAAAGCAUUUCUCUCCGAAGUGUGUUUCGGCCACGUGCUUGCAUUUCAGUUCUUGAAAACCAAAAUUCUAUUGCGGGUCAGUGUAAGAAGUGCACGCGCGCACCCACGUGUCAGUUCGUGAAACCGAAAUUAUUGAUUACGCGGUUUUCACGAACUGAAGCAGACAGCACCUGCGUGUCAGUUCGUGAAUAUGAUGACGAUAUGUACACACGUGUUGGAUUUUUGCCAGGCAUGCCAUUGCGCAGUCAUGGCAUCGUUGGUCUAAACAUCAUUCGGCAGGGCAUAAUGAGAAAUACAUGUACAUGUCCAUUGGCACAAUCUCUUUAAAGUAUGAGAACUUUAACUGGUAUGUCUUCAGGAAAAGAACUAAGUACAAGGAUGAACUUAACAAUUUGUUUUACGCAACCCACGUGUGUCACUGUGUUUGGUUUGAUGUAGAGCUUUCAUGUACAUGUGCUGAGUGAUUCUAUCUAUCUUGUUUGACAAGAAUCUGAAACUCGGCUCUGAACCUUUGAACUUGAUUUUGAUUUCUGAAUGGAGUGAAACGUGUGUCGAGUGUGGUUUUUACUGUUAAAUUUGUCCUACUUCCUAUAUGUAGGGUUUGAUAUGCAUGAUCCCUGCGUGCUUUGAGUUGCAAUGUUCGCGCAAACGCCUACCCAGAAUACUGCUAUGUCCAUUGUUUCCACAUAUAAAUCAUUUUAGAUAGCACAUUACUCUCGGAAGUGACGUCACUUGCAACAUCAUGGUGAAAAAUUCACACUCUAGUACGUCUGUAUAGAAAUAAGUGUUCUUGUUUUGUGAGGAAGUUCAAGUAAUAUGUCUUAAUAAGCAUUACUUUACCUCAUAAAUAUUCAUCAAGCAGCCACGGCAUUUCAUUGGUCCGUUCCAGCAACUCAACCGUGUGGAAGUUUUUACUAUUUCCCCGCGUCUUCGUACGGGCGUGUGACGCGCAAAAAACAGGGAGGCAUUAUCACACACCUGGGCAGGAGCCUACUUUGCCAAUCUUUUUACCAACAAUGCAGGCGUUUUACGUGCGUACCUUGGAGAUCACCGGUGAGGACAGAAAUUUGUGCAGGUCUAUUACGGCAUACAUCAAAAUGGCGACCGGUGGGGCUCACUUUGCGAUUUUAACCGAGGAAGAACCGGGUGACAUUUUGGACAAUAAUAAAAAAUAAACCCAGUGUUUUGUGUGAAUGUUAAAGUUAUUAAAUGACACAACAUUAACAUUCUGUUCUGUUUGUCUCCAUAAAUAAAACUUCAUGUUUCAGAAACACAGCACGAUCAAAAACAGUGUAAAAUGAACCAAUGAACAGCGGCUGCCUGAUGAAUAUUUAUGAGGUAUAGUAAAACAAAUACAACAUGUUUUUGUUCGGAAAUAGUAAAAACUAAUGAUCUCCUGAGGCGAAAUAGUCCCAAUCAUCCAACACCUCAGGGUCGUUAGUUUUCACUAUUUUCCCACAAACCAUGUUGUAUUUGUAUACCAACAUUACAUCAUGUUUCAUGACGGAAACAGCCAAAAAAGUUUAAUUAAUUUGUACGAAAUUUGAAAGCCAUGGGGUAUGUACAUGUAUUAUAACAGUAUGAGGCGGAGAUAAUGUGGGAGAAUUUUAGUGAUUUUUUGCAUGGUUUUUGUAACGUAAUACAGAAAAAUCCCACAAAAAAGUUGCCAUCUAAAUCUGUGGGAAUUUAUACAAUUUAUAUGUUAGUCUGUAUUAAGAAGUUCAUUUUAGAAUGUAACACAAAUGUGGAGAGAAUUCAAGUCGGUCAGCUCGGAUGUGCAAGACUGAAGUGCGCACAGAGUAGAAUAGCGCCCUCGGUGAUCGUAGUUCAAUAAGGGCGUUUCACAAUGCAGUGCGCCACCAAGAGUUUUCCACGGAGAGUUCAUUUUUCCCAGUGCAUUGUGUUAGAUAUUUGACAAAUUCGCAGUGCGGGACAUAUGAAAUUGUUAGUUUUUUCCUGUGAGUAGUUUCGUGAGCAUAUGAUUAGAGUAAAUGUUUACCCCUUUCUGUUUAUCAACAUGGUGUUUUUUGUAAGGCGACCGAACGCUUUGCCCAAAUCUAUAACAAAUUUAGCUCAAGUUGUCUACUGACACUCGUUCAAAUGGACCAUGUUCUGUCGACCGUAAACUUGAUAAGAAAAAAGACUCUCCAUGGCAAACUCUUGGUGGCGCACUGCGUUGUGAAUCACCCGAAUCGAUACUUUGUUGACUACACUUAGAGCAUUUUGGUGGUACAUGUAAUUGUUAAAACAAUGCUAUAUUUUUAUGAUGUAAACUGGUGGGCCAAUAGUACACAAGAGCUAGGGCGGAAUAUAAGUGCAUCAUUUACACAUUUUUUUUAUAUAUUGGUUCAUCCACUUAAAACGUGUUUACAAUAAAAGCGAACGGUUUUUGUGAGAUAAAAAACAGUAAGGGGACUCGCUUGACUAAAAUGUAAAUAGAAAAAGUCAUCAUUUGUGAAGACGAUGACACAAAUGCAGCUUUUUUCCACUGAAACGGGUCGCAUUUGAUGAAAGGUUUUUUUUAGCUAGUGUACGGUAAAAGGUAGACUAGCUUGGGAUGUCGAGAGCAGUUUGUCAUAGCGUACGAGAGUUGUGUUUUCCUUUGAAUAUUAUGAACUGUGAAUGCCGCAGACUGUUGUACAUAUGUAACAUGUUUGAGUGAACUGUGUGAGUUAAAACUGCGUGUUUUCGAACUCUUUCGAUCCAGUGUAUGUCACAUAAAACAGGAACAGACUAGUUCGGAAUAGGUAAACUUGAUCAAAUGUAUUGGGUAGUUUACUUUAUGCCCUUUCAAAUAGAUAUGAACAGGAUUUUUAAUGGAUAUUAUUAUAUACUUCCAUUGUAAAUACACAUUCUCAAUCUUUACAGAGUUUUUUUUUUGUCUUCUUCGCUAUAACAGUUUUGAGUGUGGGAAAACAGUAAAAAUAAAUGUAUGGAAAUCCUUCAGAUUUGGAUUCGAAAUAUAUAUUGUGAAGGCUAUGAAGAUCUCGAUUUGUAAGAUUUUACACUCUUAUUAAAGAAUGGGUGUUCCCAAUUAA